AAAAGAUAUAGUCCUUAACAUGAACAGUACUAGCAUAGGUAUAUCUAGAAGGAGUUUUCAGCAGCUGUCACCCCACACUUUUCUUUUUUGGUUUUUCGUUUCCUGAACCUCCUGCUCAGUAGGUUUAAAGAAAUUGGAUAUUUUGGUCAUGGCCAUGAAUCCUGGUUCCCCAAGUCGUGGCAGCCUGAGUCCUGAGGGGAUUCUGAGAGAGAUCCAGAUCAACUUGCUGGAGUGUAAAGUCUGCUUCGAGAAGUUCAGCACUCAGCAGAGGGAGCACAGACCACAGAACCUUUCCUGUGGCCAUGUACUCUGUCUGGAAUGCAUCACAGCUCUGUCCCACCCUCUCCUGAGGAAGCUGGAGUGCCCGUUCUGUCGACAGCUGUGCAGUGUUGACGGCACCUCCCACUGCCAGGUUCUGAGUGACCUGCAGGAGUUGUUGUUGUCUUGGAGUCCCACAUCCUCUGCUACUGCUCACAGGGCAAAGGGAGGCCUAGGCUUGGCUACAGGUCUGACAUCCACAGCUCUGCACCUCUCCAGAGCUUUUGGUGGGUGGGGGACUCUUAUCAACCCCUCUGGGAUAGCUGUUUUGGGGUCUGCAGGGACAAUAGUGGUGGUACAUGAUGGAGAGAACAGGGUGGUGGUGUUUAGUCCGCAGGGCAAGAAGCUGCACAGUUUUGGCCGAAGAGGACAAGCCAUUGGUGAGAUCUGUUAUCCAGUAGAUGUGGCGGUGACUCCCUGUGGUUACAUGGUGGUGACCGAUGCAGGGGAUAAAGCUGUGAAGGUUUUCACCUCCAGGGGGAACCAUGUGUUGACGGUCAAAGAUCCCUUCCAGAUGCCCUGGGGUGUGGACACAGACAGCCAUGGCGACAUCCUGGUAUCGGACAUCCAGGCUGGCACGCUGUCUCAGAUAAAAGUGGACUAUACUCGUGGUCUCAUCCUGGAGCAUCAGACAGCGAUUUCAGACCUCCAGCAUCCAAAAGUGGUGGCCUCCUGUUGGGUAACUGGGAACACUGCAGUGAUGGAGCAUUUACCUGAUGACACACAUCCAUCAGGGAGGCACCAACACACACGGCUGAAAGUGUUUUCAAAAGACUUCAACCUCCUUUAUCAGACAGACAAUUUCAGCCUGACCCUGCAGUCCAUGGUGAGGCUGAACAUGUCAGGCGUGGCCUUCGACAGAGAUGGAGAUGUGAUUGUGAUUGACUCCAAUCACGGGAUGAUUUGGAGUUUGGGGAAGCUGCAGAAUGGCCCAGCCCUGACUCCUCUGGUGGGAGACCACCUUAUCCGCCCAGUUGGACUGGUGUCACUGAAGAACACGCUGGUCAUUCUGGACAGUGGAGAUCAUACAGUGAAGAUUUAUUCUGCUAAAUCUGAUGCUGGACCCGUCUUAUAGCUCGUGUAUAAACAGGCCUAGAGUAGCCUAUGUGAAAUGUAGCUUAUUAUAUUAUAAAGUGAUGAGGUGAUCUGGUAAUACUAUUUAUAAAUAUGAAUUAGUUUUACAUUAGAAACAUUUUUCUAUUAAAAAUAAUAACUGUGAAUAUAAUAAAAUGUGUGUUAGAGGCUGCUGUAAGCUUUGUUGUACACAUUAUAAAAUCUAUGUAUAUGCAAUUAUUAUGCAGUUAUGUCAAACUAAUGUUUUUGUCAUUGUUGUUAUUGUUCCAGGUUUUGAGAAUAAAAUUGUAGUAUUUA